UAAUCCUAAUGCUGCUGAGUCACGCCCGCUCUCAAUCCUGGACCCUUCCAUCCUACAGGAUUCAUGGCCCGCCUCGCGAUGUGGAAUACGUUCGAAAUGCCCCACACACCCAGUACCAGUACUUCUACCAAGUCCGCGAUGAUACAAGUGGCGUCGACUUCGGGCACCAGGAGUCACGCAAAGGCCACCAGACCCAGGGAUCCUACCACGUGCGGCUGCCCGACGGACGCCUGCAGAGAGUCGCCUACACAGUGACCGGCGAUUCCGGUUUCCGUGCGAGGGUGUUCUACGAAGAUGCGGCUAAAUACCAUAGUUCGGAGACUGGUGUUAAUACAGUAACUUCUUCUUAUGAUCUAAUUCCCUCAUUAUCUUAGAGUCGGUGUCCAGUUACAAAUCUUGCGAGGAUUUUACAAGACCCUGAUGCUCUUGUAGAUUCAGAUCAGUGUAAAGUUACAUUUGAUUUGAGCAAUGAUGUCGAAGGCUUUUUACUGCCAAGUUAGGUAUCUUACAGCGAGAUUGUCUGUAUGGCUGAGUCAUCGACGUAGAUAAAAAAGUCCUUAAGUCGGACCUC